AAAAAAAGCUAAGUUCAAAAAAAAAAAAAAAAAUGGGGAAGAAGAAGAUGAUGAAGCUCUCUUCUCUCUUCAGAGGCGUCUCCGGUGGAUUACUAGCCGUUCCUCUCUGCUACAAUGCCAAAACUCUCUCCUUCCGAGUCGGAGACGACAUGAUCAAAACCGUCAACUCCGUCUUCUUCGACCACAACAACGGAGUAGGAAGCGGAGGAGAUGCGUUAGACGCCGAGACUCCCGAGUCGUGGUUCACUAACUCCUCCGAGACGGCGAGUCACUCAACCGAGUCGGAUCAAGACUUGGAUGCCGAGUCGUUAGAGAUGGUUGUUAGAGGAGUCGUUAGAUCGGAGCGGUUAUUCUUCGAUCCGCGAGUCACGAGUUCGAUCCUCAAAGAGAUCAAAUCGAAUUCAAAAUCGGAAUGUGAUUUGAAAUCAAAGGAGGAUUUAGAUUGUAUCUACACGCCGCCGAUCGAGGAGAUAAGCGUCCCCGUGGCGAUGGAAUCGGACGAUCCGUACGGAGAUUUCCGGCGAUCGAUGGAGGAGAUGGUGAGGAGUCACGGAGAGCUGGCUAAGGAUUGGCGGAGCUUGGAGUCGAUGCUCGCGUGGUACUUGAGGAUGAACGGGAAGAGGAGUCACGGCGUGAUCGUUAGCGCGUUCGUCGAUCUUCUCUCGGGAUUACCUGAUUCCGCCGCCGGGGGAUCUUCGGUGUCGGAUUCGGCUCGUUACUCUACGGCGGUAUCUUCUUUGCCGACGUCGCCGUUAUGUUCGUCGUUUAAAGGUCAGACGGAGAUCGAAGAAGAAGAAGAAGAAGAAGAGAGACGGAGCUGUUAAAAUAGUUUUAUGGCUUGUUUUUAAUUUUAGUCUUGUUUUUUUUACCGGAUUAACUUUUUGGACUCUGUAAAAAAAGUAACUAGUCGUUAGAUUUAAAAACAUAUAGUUAGAGCCUUUUGUUAACUUAAAUAUUAUUAUCUCGCGUGCCCUUUAAUUUGUUGCUGCUGUGUUAUAAUUAAUUUGCGAGUUUUAGACAAAAAUAAAUCUCUAAUAAUUG